AUGGAAUCUUUGACAAUAGAAACAUUUCGAUUAAACGCGCAAAAAAUGAUGGAAGAAAUCAACAAAUAUGCAUUGGCUAAGCCCAAUGGAAGACUCGAGGUUCCAAAACAUAUACAAUUUAUUUUAGAAAAAGCCGAGAAUGUAAUAGAAUUGGCUGAAGACACUAUUACAAGCAUAGAGAAAGCAAUGACUCUUGAAAAGGACUCGAAUUCUCUUGACAGCAAAAAGGAAAUGGGAAAUUGUAUAAGCCAGCGAAUAGUCUUAGACCCGCAAGAACUGGUUCUCGAAAGAUUGGAACAUAUCGACAACAAAAUGUGCAAUUUAGACACUGCAGCUAACAUUAUGAACAAUCAGAGAAGUUUAGCGGAAAAACUCUGUGUAAUAGAUGAUAAAAUCAGCAAUUUAGACACAAAAGAGAAUACGCGAAUUACAGAGAGCCAAACAAACUGGAACGCUGACAGUAUUGGUAUAGACAAAAUAAGGAACAUAGGAGGAGGAGGAGUUGCGCUAGAAAUAGGUAACAAGGAAGAAGCAGAAAGAUUCCAUCAAUUCAUAGAUAAGGAGGUACCACAAAUUAAUAUUAGGAAACCUAAGAAGAAACUUCCGCACAUGGCCAUCUAUUCAGUACCAUCGGAAUUAACAAGGGAAGAAUUAACACCAUGUAUAUACGAUCAAAACGUCAGUAUAGGUGACAAAUACUCUGAAACUGAUUUCAUGGAAAGUUUCAGAAUUAAGUUUAGAAUGGGAAAGAGAGGCCAACUGGGAGGGUCUCCAGACUUACAAACACAUUUACCAAUAUUUGACAGGGACGACUUAACUAAGACAACACAAGCAAUAGACAGCUCGAUAGAUAUCAUUAUAAAUGCUUGCAAAAAAUACAUACCAACAUACAUUAACAAAAACAAAACAGUGCCCUGGUGGAACAAAGAACUAAGUUCUCUUAGAGCUGAAAAUAUAAGAUUGAGGAAAACCUAUCAGGGGUGCCACUGCGAGCCUGAUCGUUCCGAACAUAAAAAGAACUACCUUGAACACCAAAGAAUUUACAAAAAUGCCAUGAAGGAGGCUAAAAUUCAAUCAUGGAAGGAGUUUUGUGAACAAGCAGGACAUAACCCGUGGGGGUUUAUAACCCGUUUAUGCACCAAUAAAUUGAGAGCUACACAGAUACUCCACUCUACUAGAGUGGGGCAGAACUUUGAAGAGGCAGCCAACAAUAAGAUGGAUAUCUUUUGUCUUCCGGAUCCCCCGGAACAGGAAACAGACCAUCAUCAUAGAAUACGGGACAACAUAACUGAAGACAUCAACACCGACAACACCCCAGAGUUCCUUGCGGAAGAAAUUGCCUGGACAGUAGCGAAAUUAAAUAACAAAAAAGCUGCAGGACACGACGACAUCUCACCUCUCCUGGUUAAAAAUCUAUGGGCUCUCAUCCCUGAAAAAUUAAUUGAUAUAUACAAUACAUGCCUCAAAUAUGGAAUCUUUCCAAAUUCCUGGAAACACGCGAAAAUAGUGCCAGUUCCCAAACCAGGAAAAGAAGGAGAAUGUCGUCCUAUCUCCCUCUUACCAACGCUGGGCAAGGUUUUUGAAAGGCUUCUAACUAAUAGACUAUUGUGGCAUCUAGAAACCAACCAUCUUUUACAUAACAAUCAAUAUGGGUUUGGCCCCCAAAAAUCUGCGAACGAGGCUAUAGAAAAGGUCAUUAACAGCAUU